UUAAAAACAUUCUGGUGUUGUUAUUUGGACGAGUUACUUGGGUUUAUCGGUAAAGCAUUUAUAUAAAGAAAUGAAAACAAUAAUAUUUAUUGUUUUUAUCGCUUUUUCGCUGGCAUCACAGGUUGAUGCGAAGACUUUUACGAGAUGCGGACUGGUCCAAGCACUUAGGAGUCAAGGAUUUGAUGAGGCCAAGAUGAGAGACUGGGUGUGCCUUGUUGAGAAUGAGAGCGGUCGCAGAACGGAUAUAGUCGGCAAGCCGAAUAAAAACGGAUCUAGAGAUUAUGGCUUAUUCCAGAUCAAUGACAAAUACUGGUGCAAUAAUACUACUAAGCCUGGAAAAGGAUGCAACAUUACUUGUUCCCAACUCUUGACCGACGAUAUCACGGUUGCCUCUAAAUGCGCCAAGAAGAUAUACAAGCGUCACCAUUUCAUGGCGUGGUAUGGAUGGCGCAACCACUGCCAAAAUAAGCCGCUGCCAGAUAUCAGUAAUUGCUAGAAUAUAUUUAUAUUACAGUAAUAAACGAAAUCUAAAUACAGCAUACUCAUUUGUUGCAGUA